AUGCAGCGGGACGUGGGCAGUUUGCCGCUGGCUCCUGCGCUCCGGGCUCGGCUUGUCGCCGCUGGCUUCCAGACGGCGCAGGAGCUGCUGGAGACUGGUCCCUGCGGACUGAGCAAAGAAAUUGGGAUCUCCAAAGAAGAAGCACUGGAAGCAUUGCAGCUUGUGAGGCAGGAAUGUCAUGGGGAUGCACCAAGGACUACUGGGGGAUCAGGCACCACCAGAAAGUGCACAGCACUGGAACUUCUGGAAGAAGAGCAAGCUCAGGGCUUCAUCAUCACCUUUUGUUCAGCACUAGACAAUAUUCUGGGAGGUGGUGUCCAGAUAACAAAAAUCACUGAGAUCUGUGGAGCGCCUGGCGUGGGGAAAACACAGCUAUGUAUGCAAUUGGCAGUAGAUGUACAGAUCCCUGAAUGCUUUGGGGGUGUAGCUGGAGAAGCUGUGUUCAUUGACACUGAAGGAAGUUUCAUGGUAGACAGAGUAGUGGAUAUUGCCACUGCCUGUGUGCAGCACUGCCAGCUCAUUGCUGAAGCUCACCAAGAAGAAGAUCAUCUGAAAGCUAUGGAGACUUUCUCUCUCGAAAGUAUCCUUUCUCACAUAUAUUACUUUCGUUGCCAUGACUACACAGAGCUUCUUGCACAGGUCUACCUCCUGCCAGACUUUCUUUCAGAUCAUUCAAAGGUCCGGCUGGUGGUAGUUGAUGGAAUUGCAUUUCCUUUUCGCCAUGACUUUGAGGACCUCUCCCUUCGAACCAGGCUUUUGAACGGCCUGGCACAGCAGUUGAUCAUCAUUGCCAACGAUCAUAAAUCUGCAGUAGUUCUGACAAACCAAAUGACAACAAGGAUUGGACAGAGCCAGUCCACAUUGGUACCUGCUUUAGGAGAAAGCUGGGGACAUGCUGCUACUGUCCGUUUAAUCUUUCACUGGGACAACAGUCAGAGGUUGGCAACGUUGUACAAAUCCCCAAGUCAGAAGGAGUCAACCAUACCCUAUCACAUCACAGUUAGUAUUUCUUUGGGGAUGGAGGUACAGAGAUGGGACAAAAUUGAACAGUGCUUCCUAGCCAUAGAGGUUAUUAGUGCCUCAUGGCUUCCGAGAUGUGCAGCCUCCAGCUGUCACUCAGAAUGCACAAGAUACUGA